AUGGCUAGUUCCAUGCGACCAUUUUCCAUCGUAACAGAUCCUGGCUUUAAACAUAUUUUGCAAGAAUGUUUGACAAUAGGUCGUGAAUUUCGGGCACAAGGUGAAUUAUUAAUUGACGAUCUUCUUCCAUCUGAUCGAACUGUUCGCAACGAAGUCGACCGUGCUGCCGAACAAGGACGUAAUAUUCUUAAAACUAAAUUAAUCGCUGCAGCUGAAGAUUAUCGUUUAUCGAUUAGCCCUGAUAUUUGCGUCCGUCGAACUGAAUUAACUCCAACAAAAACUGAAACGACAACCAUCACAACACGAACUCUUACUCAAGCUUCACCAGAAUUAUCAGACGAAGAGGAAGAAUUAAGAAAUGCUGCUGAAACAGACGAUUCAUCAGACGAGGAGACCGACGCCGAUGAUGAGGAAGUCGAUUAUACUGCCGCCACAGCUGAUGAUAUACCAGUGUCUGCAAAAGCCAUUCUUGACGUAAUUAAAAAUUGUAAAUCACUUGUGAAAUAUGUUAAAAAGGCAAAUCUCAAUCGUCAAUUACAACUAGAACGAAUCAAAUUCUUCUACAAACGUGCAGUGCAGUUACUUGAUAAAAUGUUCACCAUGGAAGACGAUUAUAUUCGAGCUUCCUUUUUACAUCCUAAUUAUAAACAAUUGCGUGGAGCAACGAAAGAACAAAUCGAAUCUUGCUAUAAUUUUUGUCGAGAUUUCAUUUUACCUUCUAACACGAUGAAUGAUUCGAUUAGAACCGAUGAAAACAUUAUUCAACCACCUGCAAAGAAGCUCAAGUUCAUGACACAAUUAAUGGAUAAGAAGGAAACAGCACCAGCAUCUGCUGAUGAGAUUGAUCAUUAUAUUGCACUUACAGUGGAAGAAGAAUAUACAGAUCCUCUGGUCUUUUGGCGACAAGAACGUAAUCAAUUGACUUUUCCAACAUUAUAUCGUCUUGCAAAACGCACAUUUGCAGCACCUUGUAGCUCUGCCUCUGUUGAGCGGCAAUUUAGCGCCGCAGGUCAAAUCAUAACACAAAGACGCUCGAAUCUCGAUCCUUCAACGGUAAACAACUUAAUUUUUUUACGUUCAUUUGAAAACAACAAAUAAAUAAUCUAUAUUAGAGUUUUUUUCAUUCAUUCUUAUGACUUUUGUUAAUUUUGUUAUUUAUUCUCGCUCUUAAAUAAAACUAUAUUUAUAAACACUUUUUGUUUGAAUAAAUACUUGGUUAUGCGAUCCGAGUCGAGUCGAGUGAAUACCUGUGCCGAGUCGAGUCGAGUCGAGUUAGGAUUUUUUCAAAUGUCAGUCGAGUCGAGUCGAAUCGAGUGAAUACCUAAGUCGAGUCGAGUCG